AUGGGAGAAUCAGACACCAGAAGAUCCUCUCGAGUACGACCCGGUCAAUCACAAUCGCAAGCACCUUCUAGUUCGUCAAGUACAUCGGGACGCGCCGAACGGUCGUCCAGAUCAUCAACCAACAAAGUCUCGUCCCCACAACUCACUGCUUCAACAAUCUCGGAACCACCAGACGACGGACUCGCUGUCGCCGAACCACUCGUCCGGUCUCUGCGGAGCAACCGCGUGCGGGAAGCUGAAAGUUCCAGCCGAGAAAAGAUUUCCGACGCUGGGGCUUACUCCAUGGCGUCCAGCGACAAUGAGGUCCAAGAGGACGACGAAUCUGUCCGCUGCAUCUGCGGACUUGAAGACUAUCCAGGUCCGCCGGUGAUCAAGGAUGAGCACAAACACGCUGCUGCCAAGGAAGCGUUAGAUCUCGAACCCUUCCUGGCGGCCGAUGUACCGGACGAAGUCGCAGGAUUUUUCCUCCAGUGUGAUGUUUGCAAGGUCUGGCAACACGGUGGCUGUGUCGGCAUCCUGAACGCUGAUUCGAGUCCCGAGGAGUAUUUCUGCGAAAAGUGCCGCAAAGACCUACACAAGAUCUCUGUUGCAAGCAAUGGGCAUACCAUUACCAAGGAGAAGGAAAAAGAGCCACCGAAGUCUCCCAAAGGCAGGGAAAGCAAAAGUAGUAGGGCUGCUGCUGCGGCACUUGCUAGUCACAAGCGUCGCUCAACUCUAAAUAGUCGCCAUGUGUAUGAUGAGGAAGAGGAACUACGACGUGCCAUUGAGGCAAGCAAAGAAGAGGCUGGCACAGGCGAACCUUCCGAGGGCAGCACAAAGAGGAUCAAGCGAGGUCGCAGCGACAGCGAAGAGAAAACAGAGUUUACCAAACGUCAACGAACUGGUUCUAGAUCCCCUACACCAGUCGAUGAAACCGCAAUUCAGGAUGAUUCGGACGAUGGGCCCUCAAAAACCAGCUCGCAGAAGAGCAAGUCUCGAAAUCCCACAGUGCGAAACCAACAGCGGGAUUUACAAAAAGCAGAAAAGGAAGAGCGCGAGAAACAGAAGGCCGAAGCCGCAAACAAGCGCAAGAGCCGUGCAGAACGAAGGAGAGCAGAUGACUCGGAUAUAUCUGAAGAAGUUCCCUUGGCGGCGCGGGCAACGACGGCUCGCUCCUCCGGUCCCGUGACUGAUAUACCGCCUCCACCUCCUCCACCAAGAGCAGUUUCACCACAGCCAACACCUGAAGUAAAAACAGAUAAAAGCUCCUCGAAAUCGAAAAAGUCCGGGUCUCGCAAGAAGGGUCGUAACCAGUAUACGAAAGAUCGUGAUCGUUCCCCUGGACGGUCACAGUCUCGCGACGUCCCAGAUCCUGUUGCAGGUGCUACAAAUGCGAGUGGGACUGGUACAGGCCAAUCUAGGUCGCGAAACGCAAGGACACAAGCCAAGCAGGAGAAAGACAAGGAAAUGUCCUGGUUGGAUAUGGAGCGGCGCAUAGCGUACUGGACCGAUUUCACUCAGCGAGUGGAGCAGGAUCUGAAUAUAGACCGUGAAGCCUUGGAGAAGAGAAAAGAAGAGGAGAAGGAGAGACAGGCGCGGAAAAGAGAGGAACACGAAGCAGGCAAAAUGCAUACCGACAGUGACAAGGCGAACAAUUCAACUUCCAAAGGGACUACAGCGGCUUUGACGGGAAGUUCAAGCCUCAAUGGCACAUCAGCCACUGCAGCAGGCAAUUCGGGCUCUUUGUUGAGGAGUAACCUCAACGGUGCGUCACUCGACGAGCGCCGGACACCGAUGAUUGCCGCUACGAACGGUGAUAGUGGGACGCUUGGGGCAAGCCGUCAAGGAGAAAAGAAUGAAGGCCAGAUGAACAUCCAGGACCGUUUGGAUUUCAUCAAGGGGCAGAUCAAAUCAUGGCACACUCUAUAUGGUGUUGAUACGAGAUCAUAA